AUGCUCUAUCCUAAGAUCAAGCCUCUUCUAAUAGGUGAACUGAAGUUGGGUUUUGGCCAACAAACAUCAAUAUCCCACAUCAGCAUGUCUAAUAAGAAACCAGAGACAGAGAAACAAAAAAUGAUUCAAGAGAAGUGUCAAGCUAUUUUGCAUGAGCUCUUGAAAGAUGAGGAAAAUAAAUAUUGUGUUGAUUGUGAUGCAAAAGGUCCUCGAUGGGCAUCAUGGAACCUGGGGGUCUUUUUGUGCAUCCGCUGUGCAGGAAUUCAUCGUAAUCUUGGGGUGCAUGUCUCCAAAGUGAAGUCAGUCAAUCUGGAUACAUGGACUCCAGAGCAAGUGGCAGCUAUUCAGCAGAUGGGCAACAGUAGAGCAAGGGCAGUGUAUGAGGCAAACAUCCCAGAAAAUUUCCGUCGCCCUCAAACUGAUUCAGGACUGGAAAUGCUCAUUCGAGCAAAAUAUGAGCAGAAAAAAUAUAUAGCUCAGGAAUGGGUGCCACAACCAUUGCCCAAGAAGGUAAACUGGGCUUUAGAGAUGGAUGAGAAGGCCAAGAAACGGCGAGAAAAGAAGAGAGCAGCAGUAGAAAUACCUGUCAUACCUGCUCAUAGUGCUACUCCUCCUAGCAAUCAGCCUGCUUCAAAUAGUGCUUCAGGGAAGAUGUCUCAAGACUCCAAUGUUGAUCUCCUUGGUCUAGAUUCGACCCAACCUGAUAUAUCUACAGACAGGACUGUUGACAUUUCCACAACUGAUGACUUGCUUGGACUUGCCUCUCCUCCAAGAGAUCCUCCUACUGACAAGGAAAAUGGGCCCAGUGGUGAUCUUGAGAACUUUUUAACCACACCAGCCUCUAUAGAGUCAAAGCCAUCCCCUUUGUCAAAGGAUUCUAUACUUGCUUUGUAUGGGAACACUGUUACAAGCCCACAAGCAUCAUUCUCAUUCAGUGCCCCUGGUGGUCAACCUGGAUAUCAGCAAAGUAGUGUGAUGGCUUCAAGUGCAGGAAUGCAGUUGAUAGGGUUUCAGAAUCCCAUAGGGUACCCUCCUUUGGCUGGAGGAAUUCCAAGUUCAGGACACAAUCCUCAAUUGGCUUAUAACAAUCCCUUCUCAUACAUGGUAAAUACUUCUCAUGCCCCAUCUCCUGCAACACUCCAACACCCCAACUCCAGGGAGCAACAACUUGCCCAUCAGAUGGGAACCUUGUCCAUGGCAUCAACCAUGCCAAGCCAAAUGACAACCCAAAAUACAAGUCCUCCUUUUCAUCAGCCCAACAAUUUUGGUCAGACUCUGUCGUACAAUCUUUGGCAGUGAAGAUAUGAGGUGUCAGAUUUUUGUCUCAUCAGAGAUUUAUUAUUUAUCAUGGGAGGAAGUGUCUACAUGCCUCACCCAAUGUGCAUUAGAUGUAUUCAUUCUGUCAUCAACUGAUACUGUUGUUAGUACUAUUCUGGAUUGAAAAGGUAUCAUAUCAUUCUUCAUGCCAUGACCUCCCUUUUAUAUUUCUUCUUUCUUGUGUGCUAUAGAGGAGAUCCCAGAUGAGGCUGUUAAAAGCAGUGCAUUAUUUGACUACUCAUUUAUUUGAUUGGGUAAUGAGCUAUGAUGAAGAUAUUGGAUGAGUUUCAGCAAAGACCAUGCCCACCUCUAGCCUUAACUGCAACAGGGUACAACUUUCAGAGUGCUUAGUGCCACCAUAAUGUCUGAUUUAUGUCAGCUCUUUUGAGCCAUAUGACAAGCCCCAAUUAGUGUCAACUCAAGAAAACCUGUUUUGAUUGAAAGUUUACGGCUUCUAACAAGGGGCAGUAGACAGAAUUCAGGACCUGCAAUAUUAUAUUGGUCUGGAGUUGGAGCACUAAGAACCCUAUAUGUAAGAGUUGGAAAUGAAAGAAAAAAGAUAGGUCUAAUGAUCCAGAGAAAGGAGCAAGUCAUUUGAAAUCUACUGCAGGGCCAUGUAUGCUGUGACAAUGAUUCUGCUGUUUUUGCCCUCAGUUCUCAUAUCUUCCUUCAAACUUGCAAUGUGAAGAGGGACAUGAGUCAGGAUUCCCUGUCCCAGUUGGAAUCAUCAGUCUAAGCCCCGAACACAAAAGGUUGCUUUCUUGGACCUUUUUUUUCUUCUCUUAUUUGCUUCACACAUUUUUAUCACCCUCAUAUAUGUAGAACAUUUCCUAAAAAUGGGCCUAUUUGAGGUAUGCCAUUAUUCAUUUGUAUCAUCAAUCAGAAGCAGCCUCUAACACAUAGCACUUCGGCACCAUUGAGAUCUAGCCUUUGAACUUCUUCACUCUCAUUCAAGCCAUUUCUUAUUUCUUGAUGUGACCCUUGCAUGAGCAGUAUGAGGUGCCAAGAGAUGGAAUAGCACUCUACUCAUAGGGUGACAUUGAGGAAGAUUGAGAAGCAACAGUGUCGGGUACCUUCUGUCUGACCAAAGUCAACUGACUGACAAAGGUGGAAGAGUUUCAUGCUAACAAUCCUAAUGGUACAGGCUUGAUUUCCACUAAAGCUUCCAAAUUUCCUCACCCUUUUUCCUUCAUUCAAAAUUGCUUCAUUUUAUUUCAUUAUAAUAUGGAGAUUUUUUUUCCCUGAAGAGGGGGGAAGCAAUUAGAGUAUGAAAAAUCAACAGUUAGGUUAAUGAAACUUGUGGCAAAUAAUUACUUGAGUGAGCCAUGUGAACUGUGAGCCUUUCACUGGGCAUAUGUUUGUUGUUCUGCAUGCUUGCAAUAGUAGGUCCAUGCACAAGAUGUGAAGAACUUGUAAGACUGGGUUUGUGAGAACCUUUUUCUUUUCAUACCACCUUGGUGUUCUCUGCUUGAUUGCAUCACAGAAUGACAAGGUGACUUACAGCUGGAUUUCGUGGACAGCUCACAUGGUAUAUCACCCAGAAUUGUUUCAAGUGUUAAUCCAAGUUGAAAAUAAGACUCUUGUAUCUGGAUUUACCUCAUUGGAGAGUCUCAUUGAGGUCAGUAAAGGUCUGAGAUCAAGCCUUAUACCAAUAUUAUUGUAGUGAAAUAGAAAGCCAAAAAUGAUUGAAAUGGCCUCUGUAAUAAUGGGCCAAGAAGUUGCUGAAUGAGGGUCCCUUCUUAUUCUGGUGAAUAAGAAGGGAUCAGUCAAAAACUGUGCCUUUGAGGAACUUACUGCAACAUGAGAAGUUUGUUUUUGGCAGUCACAAAGUUCUAUUGCUCUUGCUGCAAAUUUUCCUGAAGAAUAAGGAACAUGGAGAAGAAUUCAAGAUUUGUUAACUGAUGGAAACCUGCACUUUCAGUCCCUUUUACUGAUGCUCUUCCUACUGAACUAUUUGGCCCUCUUGCUUCCUGGGAUUCUUCCAUGCUCCCCAUAUGGGCAAUGAGUCCUUUCACUUCAACAACAAAAAACCAAUAGUCAUCAAGAUCAGUAACUUUUUGAAGUCUUCAAUCAAAGUAGCCAUUUCCAUCAAUGUCUGGUCGUUGAGAGCUUGCAUCUUAUAAGCAUUGACUUUCAACUCCUAGCAAGGAACUUAUUUCAUUUAAUCAUCUGAGAUUGCAAAAUAAACCCAUUAAACACUGCAGAUUUCAUUAAAUAUUGUACAGGGUGUUCCAAUUAUAGAUACCCCACUUAUUUCUAAUUGGAUUUUUUCAGUAGAAUUAUUCAGUGCUACAAUCAAGUCACACCUAAUAUUAGACCAGGUGUACACAGAAACUCUUAACAGAUUUAAUACAUGGAUGGACUUUAGUGGUAAACAUGUUAAGGCUGGUAAAUAAACCAUCUCUUUCAUUGUAAUUGUCCCCAUAAGAAAUUAGUGGGGUAAAUAAAUGGAUCACUUUUAUUGUUCAGCCUCAAUUGAUGAGUGAAGAUGUUAAUAAGGAUCAUUCAUAGAAUGAAACAUUGCAUUACCCUUGCUCCUACAGAUGUAUGUGAACCACAAAGUGAAUAUUCUGCUUGAAAUCUGAUUGCUACUGUAUGUAUACCUUGAGCAUCUGUACCACCACAGAAGAUUUCAAAUUUUUAUCAAGCUUAUAUUGAACUUGCAAAUCAUGGUAUUUCCUUAAUGCUUCAUCGAAUGGUUGGUUGUGAUAGUGGUAUGCAAUUGCUUGGUUCAGAGGCAGAUGAAUACCAUCUUUUGCUUUGAUUCAAAGCUGCACUCAAUAUGAGGAGUUUUAGGAAAAGAUGAACCAGUCAUUUUGCAUGAGGUGCCUUGAAUAUUCCAGUGGCUAAAUUGAUUAUCUUUGUCCAGUGGCUUUCUGGGUUAUUUUAUAAAGUGAUGUCUUGUCUAUGCCCAUUUUGCUUUUUAAUUCAAUAAUUAAUUUUAUCACAAC